GUCGUACUGUAUAGCCACGUGCUAGCGUCACUACAGCUGAUCCAACGGCUAUUAAUUGCUCCACCAUAACCGCACCUUCCAUGUACGCGUUGAUCCAACACCGCAAGCAAUCUUUUUGAUCUUCUCAUCGGCGUAUCAAUCACUAUCAUCACAAAUAUUUCUCAAAACUUCUACUGAUUUUAAAUUUAAUACAAAAUUUGGCGACCCACUUUCUCUCUCCAAAAUCAAAAUUACAGAAAGCACGCAGUUCAUACAUUCUGUAAUGCUCCUUCAUAACACCCUCCAGUUUCUUUUCAUCAUCUUUUGACCAGCAUACACAUAUCUUUUCUAUUUCUGGAUUCAUUAAGCUAAUGUAUCGAAGUAAAUCUGAUUGAUUCUUCCCCGAUUGUGAAUCGACUUCGAGUUUGAAACGAAAGGUCAAAAAUGGGGACAGAGAAGCAGCCUGCUGGUAUACUAGACACCAUCAACAUGGAAACAGUUCGGACAAUUUUAACCCAUAAAUACCCCUACCCCCAUGAGCAUUCACGCCAUGCCAUAAUCGCAGUAGUUGUGGGCUGUUUAUUUUUUAUUUCAUCAGACAACAUGCAUACACUGAUUCAGAAGCUCGACAAGAACAUCAAAUGGUGGUCAAUCUACGCCUGUUUACUUGGUUUUUUCUACUUCUUUUCCUCUCCAUUUGUGGGGAAGACAAUGAAACCAAGCUAUCAAAUUUCAGUAGAUGGUAUAUAGCGUGGAUAUUAGUAGCAGCUUUAUACCAUCUUCCAAGUUUUCAGUCAAUGGGAGUUGAUUUGAGGAUGAAUCUUUCUUUAUUUUUGACAAUAUUCAUCUCCUCUGUUUUUGUUCUCCUUGUUUUUCAUUUAGUAUUCAUUGGGCUUUGGUAUAUUGGUCUUGUUUCUCGUGUGGCUGGAAGAAGACCUGCUUUCUUGACUAUUUUCCAAAAUUGUGCUGUAUUAAGUGUGGCCUGUUGUGUAUUUUAUAGCCACUGUGGCAAUCAUGCAUUGAAUGAAAGACCAUUUGGAAGAAAAGACUCUGGGUUUUUUUCACUUUGGAAUAAAGGAGAAAGAAAUGCAUUGUUAGCAAAGUUUCUAAAAAUGUAUGAAUUCAAAGAUGAAGUAUGCAAAUCUUGGUUUGCUCCAGUUGGAUCUGCACGUGAUUAUCCACUUCUCUCUAAGUGGGUUAUCUAUGGAGAAUUUUCUUGUAGUGGUUCAUGUGAGUCAUCGGAUGAAAUUUCUCCAAUAUAUUCAUUGUGGGCGACUUUUAUUGGUCUCUAUAUUGCUAAUUAUGUUGUUGAAAGAUCAACAGGAUGGGCUCUUACACACCCUCUCUCAGUUAAAGAAACUGAGAAGUUGAAGAACAAACAAAUGAAGCCUAAUUUCUUGGAUAUGGUUCCUUGGUACUCUGGGACAUCAGCUGAUUUAUUCAAGACAGUUUUUGAUCUUCUUGUAUCUGUAACUGUAUUUGUUGGAAGAUUUGAUAUGCGCAUGAUGCAGGCAGCAAUGAGUGGUGGGCAUGAAGGGGCAAAACAGGAAGAUUUUCUUUAUGAUCAUUUUAGUGAAAAGGAAGACUUUUGGUUUGAUUUCAUGGCUGAUACUGGUGAUGGUGGGAACUCUUCAUAUUCUGUUGCUAAACUUCUUGCUCAACCUUCACUUUGUGUUUGGAAUGAUGGUCAUUUGACCAAAUUACCCCGUGGGAACCUUCUUCUUAUCGGAGGCGACUUAGCGUAUCCUAAUCCAUCAGCAUACACUUAUGAAAAGCGGUUUUUUCGUCCUUUUGAGUAUGCUCUUCAACCACCUUCAUGGUAUAAAGAAGAACAUAUAGCUGUAAAUAAGCCUGAAUUACCCUCUGGUGUGUCUGAACUCACACUAUAUGAUGGCCCACAGUGUUUUGUUAUCCCUGGAAACCAUGAUUGGUUUGAUGGGCUUCAAACAUUCAUGAGAUACAUUUGUCACAAAAGCUGGUUAGGUGGAUGGUUAAUGCCACAAAAGAAAAGCUACUUUGCAUUACAACUACCAAAAGGGUGGUGGGUAUUUGGUCUUGAUUUAGCUCUUCAUUCAGACAUCGAUAGUGAUCAAUUCAAAUUCUUCACAGAGCUAAUACACAAACAGGUUAAAGAAAAUGAUUCGGUGAUCAUUAUGACGCAUGAACCAAAUUGGCUACUUGAUUGGUAUUGGGAUGACGUGACUGGAAAAAACGUGUCGCAUCUUACACGCGAUUAUUUGAAAGGGAGGUGUAAACUUAGAAUCGCUGGAGAUUUGCAUCAUUACAUGAGACAUUCUUAUGUCGCAUCUGAAAUUGAAAACCCUAAUUCUGUGAAUGUUCAACAUUUGAUUGUGAAUGGGUGUGGAGGCGCGUUUUUGCAUCCUACGCAUGUGUUUAGUGAUUUUAAACAAAUAUAUGGAACGACAUAUGAAAAUAAAGCCUCGUAUCCAUCCAUUCAAGAUUCCAGCCGUAUUGCACUUGGGAAUAUAUUGAAGUUCCGAAAGAAGAACUGGCAGUUUGACUUCAUUGGUGGAUUCAUAUACUUCAUAUUGACCUUUUCAAUGUUUCCACUUUGUAAGCUAGAUCAUAUCCUACAGGCUGACACGUUUUCUGGGCAUGUAAAGAGUUUUUUUUGCACAGUUUGGGAUAUUUUUAUGUACAUGGUUGGAGAAUCAUAUGUAUCUUCUAUGGGUUCGAUCUUAUUAUUAGUAGCUGCAAUCUCAUUUGUCCCUUCAAAAGUGUCGCGAAAAAAGAAAAUUGUGAUUGGAGUUCUUCAUGUUUCUGCACAUCUGGCUGCAGCUUUGGUUCUUAUGUUGUUAAUGGAGCUUGGUGUUGAAACUUGCAUCAGACAUAAUCUCUUGGCAACUUCAGGUUAUCACUCGUUAUAUGAGUGGUAUAGAUCAGUGGAGAGUGAACAUUUCCCGGAUCCAACGGGUCUUAGGGCACGUAUAGAGCAAUGGACUUUUGGGCUUUAUCCAGCGUGUAUUAAAUAUCUUAUGUCAGCUUUUGAUGUUCCUGAGGUGAUGCCAUUGCCCAAUUUGCUAAAGCCCAUGCAGCAAAAGGAACAGCAACAUGUUGUGAUUGCAAAUCAUCCCACAAACCAGGGAUAA